CUUCGGCAAACAAUACAGUCAGUUAAUGUGCAGUCAGUAACAGUCAUAAAAACCAACGCUACCAUUUACUUACCACAGUUGUUAUUCCACCUCUCCGGGUGUAAACAGCUUCUGGUCAAAUCAUAGCUCCGAUCGAAGGUUCACUGACUGCCAAGAAACAGCAGGCUUCAAGUCCUGAGACAACAAAGGCCACAUACAGACAGUGAGCAAUUUCGGUGUCAGUUAUGAACGCGAAUAUUUUGCUUGGUAUAGUAUUCAUAGUCGCCUGUUAUGGUGCAGUUUCGAGUUUGUCGUCUGGCCAGGACGAUAAGCGUCACGCAGUCAAGAAAGUACCGAUGAUGGACAUUUCAGAUGAAGACUUGGAAUGGAUUAAAAAAAAGGCUAAAUUUUUGUCGUCUGGCCAAGACGAUAAGCCUCACGCAGUUAAGAAAGUACCGAUGAUGGACAUAUCAGAUAAAGACUUGGAAAGGAUUAAAAAAAUGGCUAAAUUUUUGUCGUCUGGCCAGAACGAUACGCGUGGCGCGGCCAAGAUGGUACCGAAGAUGGACAUAUCAGUUAAAGACUUGGAAUGGAUUAAAAAAAUGGCUAAAUUGCUCGGAUUGCUUCUGGAAUGCAGUGUCUCUCUUCCUCAAAGGAGUAACUUUGUUUGCAAAGUCAAGAGGUUUAUGGAACUUCUCGAGAUGAAAGGAAAAUGGAAGUUGAAAUUUAGCCCCUAUGGAUACGCUCUGUUAAAAUUGGACCCGCUGACACUAAUUGGUCGUGAUUUCAUAAAUCCCUUCACAAGGUUUUAUUUAGAGGGAUACCUUCAAACUGUCCUUACCGCCGACUUAAGCGGUAUCGUUUACAAUAGUUUGUUCAAUAAAACCACCGAUAAAGAAAUGAGCCACAACGUCAACUACCGGAUUUUGUCAAAGUUCUUUGAAAUGUCUGCGAUGGCUGGAGGGGUUAAUAACAGGCGGCCAUCGAAGUACGAAGCCUUUAUUGACGACAAGACUACGUGGAUAAGUGACAGGUUCUUCACUCAACAGCGUCUGGCAGGAAUCAACCCUAUGUCACUGAGACGAGUGACUCUCAAAGCUGGUCCAGUAGGGUUGGAUUGGGACACACUCUAUAAAACACUGAAUCCAGAAUUUGACUGGGAAGGUGCUGUUCAAAAAGCUUUGGGAAGCGAUGACACGUUAGAAGAGGCCAUUUAUCAGGGUCGAGUCUACGUUCUUCGUUACGAGUUGUGUGACGACCUACCCAGAGAAAAAGUGGACCUUACUGACAAUGAUCCCAACAGGACAAUGUGGGACACACUCUCGCCCAUUGCUCUGUUUGCGUCUAAGCAAGAUUUCCUGACAAAAACCAAUGAUCUUGUCCCUGUAGCCAUCCAAAUGGACUACACUCCAGAUUCAUCUGUAUACACUCCUGAUGAUGAUGACAACUGGAUGUUGGCCAAAUUGAAUGUCCAGGUUACAGAUCUCGGAUAUGCACAAAUUGUGGAGCAUCUUGGCAAGGUUCAUUUUUUGAUGGAGCCAUUUUGCGUGGUAUUGAAACGCACCCUGUCGUCCUCUCAUCCACUUCAUCAAAUUUUAAAGUAUCACUGCAGGGACGUGACAGUCCCAAAUACCGUUGGUGCUCCAAAACUUGUUGGCGAAGGAGAGUUUAUGGAUCAGCUGUUUGCAUUUGGAAAUGAAGGAACCACCCAACUUCUUAAAGAAGCACAUAAAUUAAGCACAUGGGAUGUCACAGAUUUUAGAAACGAAAUAAAGAAACGCGGAGUCGAUGACAAGAAGCUUCUUCCGUACUAUCCUUACCGUGAUGAUGGCGAGCAAAUUUUGAAAAUUAUCGAAAAUAUGGUGAAGGGUUACGUCGACUUGUAUUAUUACGACAAUGAGGAUGUUAAAAAGGAUUAUGAGUUUGGAUCAUUCCUCCGUGAAUUGUCUACUCGAACGAUUUUUCACCGCAUCUAUGUCAAAGGAUUACCCUCAAAGAUUGCGACUAAAGAUGAGCUCUGUGACAUUGUGACCCGCAUUAUCUCACAACUGAGCGUCCAACACGCUGCUGUAAACUAUCCCCUGACAGACUAUGGUUUGUACACUCCCAACCUACCAACCAAACUGUACAACGAUACCAGGCUGAAGGAAGGCGAAUACGGUGUACAACGUCUGCCAAACAUAAACACUUCCUCCAUCGAAGCCAGCUUUAGUAACGCGCUUUCGCUGUUCCGCUUUGACUCCUUGUUUGACUACGGCAACGAACUUCUUGAUCCUGAGGCCGUCAAACUCGUCAAUGGUUAUUACACUUACCUCAUGAAUGUUAUUCAGCCUAAAAUGCAAGAAAAGAACCGAAAGAGGAAGGAAGAUAAUUAUUUGACCUAUCCGUACUUCAUUCCAAGAUGGCUGCCAAAUGGAGUUCAAACCUGAUCCACCACAUUCUCAAAAACGAACUGUCCUUACACUUUCUUUUUCACUUGACGUAGCUUUAGAAAGUACUACACAUGCAUUGUUUGUUACAUUGGUAAUUAGUUCAAGUUUUUAAAAAUUGGGGAGCUUUCGUGCAUUAAACCGACCUCUGCCACAUUCUAUGUGGCUUUACCUGCAUCAGUAAAAUUGUUUUAAGGAUUUGAUGGAGCCAGCUGUGAAAUUACACACACCAGCCGGCUUAUUACUUAAAAGAAGCUGUAUUUAGAUAUUCAUUGAUUUCUUAAAGUGUUAUAUGCGUGUUUUCUUUUUCAUACGGCCAGCAGUGUGCAAGGGAAGUUACUUUCUUUACUUCAUAUUUCAAUUGCACUGUUUGCAACUACUGUAGCAUAAGAGAUUAAACAUUUUCUUUUUGUGAUGAA